GUCAUGCUGUGCCGUGAUUGGCCAAUCUGACAAAUAAAAACCUUACCGCGAGCCGUGCAUAUUUCUUUGCAUUUCCAGUGCGAGCAAAGCAUGGCUUUUACGCCAAGAUGUGCGUGAAAAAUAACAAAGAAUGGCCCGAUUGGAGUAGCUAAUCAUUCGUGAGUCAUGCUGAAUUAUUUUUCUAUGCCAGGGAGCGUUUUAUGGCAUUGAUGAGGUACGCAGUAUUUCGCAGAUACGAAACUGAGGUGAGCUAGUGGACAAAGACGAACUGCUUUCGACUCGACCAGUGCAAGCGAAUUCAGGCCCCACACGCCGUAAUUUAGCCGCAAACAGCGCUUCUCAGGUCAGCUUGUAAGAGGAUAUGAAGCCAGCCCACACGCAUUUUCGGGACCAAGUCAGUGCGUUGGUAGGAUGGUUCUCUAACUGGAACGAAUGCGAACAGACCAUAGCCCUGUACACUUUACUCAAAAGAAUAUCCACAACCCAGGCAAGAUUCUUGUCUUUAAUUCUCGAACAUACAUUUCGAGAUGAUCCGGUGGAAAUCCAACUCCUGCAGCGUCAAGCGAAUGACAAAGAGUUUCUGAGCAACCUUUGUCACGAGACCAAAGCUGUAGCAGUCCAACAAUUACUAGCACACCUGCCACUUCUGGUCCCUGGUAAUGAUGAAGCCAGAUUUGAGUAUCUCCAACUCCUUCCUAAAAUCCUCACUCACACAGUACAGCACUCAGUCCAUCAAGAUGAAUGCAUGCAGCUGCUUUCUCUAGCUCUUGUUCAUCCAGCCUUUCCUCCUGAGGAGAGAAACUCACUCUUAUGUUGGCUAAGCCACCUAGAAAAGACAUUAGGCAUUAAAGAAAGACAAAACUCUGGCCCUGCCCGGCUACAGACUACUGAAAGCUCAGACAUGCCUGGGUCCUGUGAUAAUCUUGUACGGCACAAUUACACCAGGGGGAGGGUGAAUGGGUGGCGAAACCAGCCUUUAGUUCACCAUGAUUCAGGCCUUGGAUCCUUUGAGACACAGCCUUCCUAUGGUAACUACAAUAGUGGUAUGGGUUCAUCUAUGUCUUCUAUUAUGAGGAAGAGCCGGUCGGGCUCAUUAACUCCUCCACCGCCCGUUGAGGAGCAGGACUCUGUCAUGCUAGAUGAUUGCAUGGGGGAUUCUCUACAGGUAGAGAUACGCCCUGGCCGAUCACAGUCAUUUCCUGUCGACCCACAGAGGCUCAAUCACCAAUUGUCACCUCAGUCUUCAACUGAGAGUGAACAGGACGAGUCUUCAUUUCGGCACAAGCCAGGCAGUUUUAAUGCAGAGGAAGCGCGUCCUGGAAUGAAAGAUGUUCCUAUGUGGCUAAAAAGUCUGAGGCUUCACAAGUAUGGGAGCCUGUUUUCUCAGCUGUCAUAUGAAGAAAUGCUUAACCUGUCAGAUGAAUACCUGGAAAGCAAGGGGGUCACCAAGGGUGCCAGGAACAAGAUUUUACUCAGCACGAGAAAGCUCCAGGAGCGAUCGGAUACUCUGCAGAAACUGGAAAAGGAGGUUCUACAGAAUGGCAAGCUACAGGCGGUUCUCAAAGAGCUCCAGCAGAUAGUGAAUACUCCAAUUAAACCAUUUACUCCAUCACCAGGCGUGGCAACUAGUGGGUCAGUAUCAAGCAGUAAACUCGCUGAGCAGAGUACUCCAAACCCUCCACCACACCCUGAGGACUUGCCGGGGUGGAUAACUAGGGUCAUGGGGAAAGCAUGCACACAGAUCCUGGUGUCUCGGGCUGAUGAAGAACACUGUACAUUAUACCUUACUCUUUUGGAUAAAACUCUUGCUAGUGAGGCUUUCACCCCAACACAAAAGCGCCGUCUUCAGUCGUGGAAACAGCAGUGUCAGAGGCUUGUCCGUCAGCAGCAAUUUGCCAGAAGACCAAGUUCCCAGGAGAAGUCUAGGGGGUGGUACUACUUGUCAAGCCCGCCCACUGACCCAAAUGCAAGUCUACAGCCUCCAGUGAGUCCAGGAACUGUAACCGUCAAGCCUCGGCAUAGGAGCUCCCCUCGAUGUGUCACUAACAAGACCCCGCCUGCUGUUCAAUUAAGAAGUAGCAGCACAGAGACGCCACACCCGGGCCAGUCAAAACCAACUCUGGUGAGAUCACAUGCAAUAGUGGGACGUACCAAGUCACUCCCUGUGAGAACAACCACCCCACAGCUUUCACUGCCAGAGCAAGAUUCUACUGAUGAGACGGAGGGGUUUGAUAACAGUCUCGAGUCAUUAUGCCUGAGGAUGACUGAGCAAGCACUAUCAGAUACUGGUGAUCAGCAAUAAUAUGAGAAAGAAAUGGCAAAGAAGUCUUCAGUCAUUGAGUGCUACCAAGUAGUCAUCAUCAAUUAGACACUAAAUGGUCCUUAAAAGAAUAUCACUAACAGAUGUCAAGAAGAUAUGGUCCAUAUAGCAUGUAUGUAAGAUAUUUAAAGAGUGCCCAAAGGGGGCAUAGGACGGACCCAAACACAAGUUCUAUAAAUGCUGGAUCUAGAGGAGAAUGGAGAAGGUUUGCAUCAGGCUCUUUCUUUCCAUGGGGGUGUGCCAUGGUUAUUGCUACCAGCCUUUCAAGCUUUCAGAGUACUGGGCAGUGUUUUAUUGAUGUACAUUGUCAUAAUGGAUGUGUGGAUUUGAGGCAAGGAUGCCAAGUUACCUAAGCUAUACUCUGUGACAGGCCUGCAAAGAAACCUCUAAAAGAGCUGAAUGAUGCUUGUAAUGUAGAAAACAGACUUUGAGAGAAGGCUGACUGUUGAGUCUCUAAACAGAAGAUAUUUGUAGCUUAUUUGUAAAUAUAGAUAAACUAUUCAUUGUUCAUGUUAGAAAGGUUGUGUUUGGGAAGGCUUUGUGCUUCAAAUAUGAUUUGAAGUGCAACCAACACAAAAAGAAAUACAUAAAGCAUAUGUAUUCUAGACUUUAAAAGUUAGGAAUAAAUUGAAUAUAGUUCAUAAUGUA